CAUGGCGAUCGAAGGGUCUUCGAAUUGGUUUGUUUACAAAUAAACAACGAUUAUCUUCAAUAAUGACAUUAUAAGAGUAUGUAGCUUAUACAUACGGCUAUAUUUUUUUACUAAAAGUGGACUUAAAGUACUUACCAGGUUAAAUAUACGCUUCUACUGCUGUUCUUCAGGUGCACCAUUUACGGUGAUUUAUUAAUAUCACAAUGGAUUUCUCCAAAUUUUCCGAUGAAAAUUUCGACGCUAAACAAUGGGUGAAUGCAGCAUUAAAACGAAAAGAUGAAAAGACUGAACUGGACGCUCAUGCUUCAGGCUUAGUCAUGAAAUUACAACUAUUUAUUCAAGAGGUGAAUAAUGCUCUGGAGGAAACCAGUACUCAAUCUCUCAAUAAUAUGCCAAGAGUUUUGAGGGAGCUUGAAGUUAUACGACAGGAAGCAACCUUGUUAAAAGAACAAAUGAGACUUGUUAAAGAUGAUAUUAAAGCGGUUGAGCAAAACACAUCAGAAUCUAUGAAAAUGCUGUUAGAUUUAGAUGAAGUGAAGUCGAGAAUACAAUCAGCUUCACAUGCUUUACAGGAAGCUGACAACUGGACAACACUCUCAGCUGAUGUUGAUAAAGUUUUCCUAUCAGGGAACUACAGAGAGAUUGCUAAGAAAUUAGUUGGGAUGCAUAAAAGUUUGGUUGUACUUCAUGACGUACCAGAUUACAAUGAACGACACAAAUUACUGGAGGGUUUGAAGAAUAAACUAGAAGCUCUUUUGAGUCCAAAAUUAGUGUCUGCAUUUAACAGUCAUUCCUUAGAAGAAAGUCAAGAAUAUUUUCAAAUUUUUCACGAUAUUGACAGACUUGAUCAGUUGAAAAACUACUACAUUCGCUGUCACAAGAGCAAGUUACUUCAAUCGUGGAAAGAUAUCCAGGAAGAAGAUCCCAGCCAGACGAUGUUGGAUUGGUUAUCAGUGUUUUACAACAGUCUACUUUCAACUUGGCAUUCAGAACUUACUUGGUGUAGCCAGGUUUUUGGAAAUCCUGGAAUAGUUCUCUGUCUCCUAAUGAGUCAAACUCUCAACCAUCUUGAACCACCAUUUUCUGUGUGUGUGAAAGAGUUUGUAAGGGAUGAAGCCUACCCAUUGCAACAGUUGAUUGAUCUAAAACAAGUGACCUUGAGAUUCUCAAAGGCAUUACAAAGUUCAUUUGCAGAUCUCAAAGAGGACUACGCUGAGGCUGCCGUAUCGUUAGUCAAUGCAAUAUACUCACCCUAUACACCAUAUCUCCUGGAUUACACUGCUCUGCAAACUGGAUUUCUUACGGAGAAUUUGAACUCCAUUCAACUGAGUGGAGAAAGCUUUCUUGAAACUGUGGAUGCAUUAUCAGAGUCCGUUGGAAAAGUGUUUCUCUUCGCCGAAAUGGCACUCGAGUUCUGUGUCGCCCUGACGGAUGGUUUAGGGUCGUGCCAACUGGUACAGUCCUUAGAGAUCUUCUUCUCAGGAUAUCUACAGAAAGUUAAGAAUAUUAUCAAGAACAUUAGAAAUGAUCUUCGCUUGGAUAAGGUUUCCGAUCAAGUCAAAGAAGACUGGACUAGUUUUCAAUAUGCUUCAAAUCUUAUCCAAGUUUGCGGUGAUUUGCUGCUAAAAAUACAAGAGUUUAAAGCAAGUCUGCUAAAAACUGUGACUGCUUCGAGUGAAAAAUGGUUGAAAACCGAUCACAAGGACAGUAAAACUGUCGCUGAACUAUUUAAUGGUUACAAUUACCUUCAAAAGGAAAGUCCGCUAGAAUUUGGCAGCUUGGUGGAGUUCAUCAAUAAUAUUGAAAAUGGUGCUGGGGUAAUUGACAAUAUCGUCAGAGAGAUUGAAGACUUGAAUAACAAAGUGCAUCAUUUGGCAUUCGACGUGGCUUUCUUACCUCUGAAGUGUAAGAUCAAUUCUAUGUCGUCUCUUCAGGUGUGGUCUAGAACAACGUCAGACACAGGCGACUCGCUGAGUGCUGAUAUUCCAACGUUCAGUCUAUCACCACAGGGCUACAUUACGGAGGUCGGUGACUAUCUUCUAACUCUCCCGCAUCAACUGGAAUUGUUCAUGGUUCAAGAUAAUCCAGCUUUAGAAACAGCGCUUCAAGUUGGCAAACUACAAUUUUCUCGAGAUACAAGCGAAGAGCAAGACCCUGCCUCGAAGUGGUUGAGCUCUGUUGCCCAGGCAACAAUGCACACGUAUGUUGAAAGUAUCUUACGAAUACCAGAGUUAACCGUCUUCGCAAGUAAACAACUCGUUGCAGAUAUAGAAUAUUUGUUUAACAUCUUAGAAGCUUUGGAAGUACGGCCAAGCGAAGUUAUAAUGAACGUUAAUAAGUUACUCAAGGCUGAGCAAGACGAAUUUCACAUCUUAGCGGCAGAUCUUUGCGUAGAAAACAAGAUCAAGAAUGCUUUGAUUGCAAUGAGAAGCAAAAGAUAGCACACGACUGGAUAGGAAGACUACCAUUGAGAGACUAUAAUUAUUUAAUGAAUAAAUGUACGAAGGACUUGUUUUAAACCAAGAGAUGCAGGGAGUUGGAAAGCAUAAUACGGACUUGUCGUUUGAAUAAACAAACCGGAAUGAAUUAUACGCUUUU